AUGCUCUCCCGCCUUCGUUUGAUGCGAGACUGUUCGCAAGAGAAUGCGUCAACCGUGAACGACACGCAGCCACCAUCGGCUGCUGACUCGUUCGCGCGGAGAUUCGCUUGUGUGAACGAAUCGACUUCACAUCAGCAGUCUGGCAUCGAGAUUUUUCAGUUUAACAGAGCCUCCAUCAUAGGAGCCAUCGUAAAAGUGCUACUAAAGUCGUUCAUUGAAUCGAUACGGCUGCAAACAUAUGGAAAGUUUGCAGUAGAACAAAUACAGGUAGAUUGCUAUUACCUUCAACGAGGAGUGUCACCAUUGGUAGCGGAUGAGGUCAUAGUGAAUUCUAUGGUAGAUCAGGCUCUUUCCUCUGCUCUAAAGCGAUGUGUGGCUCCAGAGCUGGUUCAUCCAACUCGACUACGGCAAAUUUGUGAAGAUAAAGGCGGAGUAGAGUCGCAACUUCUGUGUUAG